CUCAUUGACAGACUGUAGCAGAAGAAGCAGCAGCAGUGUAGACAGGAAGAGCGUUUAGGCGCUGUAUGCAGACAUGAGUGUCCCAGACUACAUGCAGUGUGCUGAGGACCAUCAGACGGCCCUGGUAGUGGUCCAGCCCAUGGGCAUCGUCCCAGAGGACCAGUUCUUCCGCAUCUACAAACGCAUUGCCAGCGUGAGCCAGGUCAGCAUACGGGACUCCCAGCGCGUCCUCUUCAUCCGAUACCGCCACCAUUACCCCCCUGAGAACAACGAGUGGGGCGACUUUCAGACCCACCGCAAAGUGGUGGGUCUCAUCUCAGUGACCAGCUGCACCACGACCAAAGAGUGGCCGCAGACGUCCGACCGGUUCCAGGGGCAGAAGGAGGUGUUCGGCUCCACGCUGUAUGACUCACGGCUGCUGGUGUUUGGGCUGCAGGGGGAGGUGGCGGAACAGCAGCGGACAGAUGUGGCGUUCUACCCCAGCUACGACGACUGUCCUGAUGUGGAGAAGCGGGUGGAGGAUUUCGUGGAGUCUAUAUUUAUCGUCCUGGAGUCGAAAAGGCUGGACAGAGCAACCGAUAAAUCUGGCGAUAAGAUACAACUGCUGUGUGCGCCGUUUGAGAAGAAGGACUUUGUGGGCUUGGACACAGACAGCAGGCACUACAAGAAACGCUGUCAGGGCCGCAUGAGGAAGCACGUCGGGGAUCUGUGUUUGCAGGCAGGCAUGCUGCAGGACGCCCUCGUACAUUAUCACAUGGCUGUAGAGCUGCUGCGGUCUGUCAAUGACUUCCUAUGGUUGGGAGCUGCUUUGGAGGGCUUGUGUUCUGCGUCUGUCAUCUUCCAUUACCCAGGAGGCACUGCGUGGAAGAGCGGAGCCCGCAAACCUGGCGUCUCCUCUGCUGCCGACGCUGGAAAGAGACACAGACCUGGCGCUCAAGAAGUUCUCAUUGAUCCAGGUGCUCUGACGACCAAUGGCAUCAGUGCAGACACGAGCACUGAGAUCGGCCGAGCCAAGAACUGCCUGAGUCAGGAGGACAUCAUCGAGAAAUACAAGGAGGCCAUCUCUUACUACGGCAAGUAUAAGAGUGCAGGAGUGAUUGAGCUGGAGGCCUGUAUUAAGGCUGUCAGAGUGUUGGCCAUUCAGAAACGAGCCAGGGAGGCUUCUGAAUGCCUGCAGAAUGUCGUUUACAUCAAUCUAGGCCAGCUGUCAGAAGAGGAGAAGAUCCAGCGAUACAGUGUGCUAUCAGAGCUCUACGAGCUCAUCGGCUUCCACCGGAAAUCAGCGUUCUUCAAACGCGUCGCAGCCAUGCAGUGUGUGGCGCCCACUAUCCCUGAACCGGGCUGGAAGGCCUGUUACAAACUCCUGCUGGAGACCCUGCCGGGAUACAGCCUCUCUCUAGACCCCAAAGACUUCAGCAAAGGGACCCAUCGUGGGUGGGCGGCAGUACAGUUACGGUUGCUUCAUGAGCUGGUUUAUGCAUCUCGUCGUAUGGGGAACCCAGGACUGUCUGUCAGACAUCUCUCUUUUCUACUGGUCUGGUACGACCUGAAGGAGAGACUGUAUGUAUGUUGCUGUCACAAAAAUAACAAUACACAUUCUCUUUCUCUCUCCACAGAGAAGAAAGAAGUGACCCAGAGUCUGGAAAACUACACGUCAAAGUGUCCGGGUGGAAUGGAGGUGAUCAGCCUCCCUGACGGACUCAAACUUCCUCCUGUUUCCUUCACCAAACUGCCCAUCGUCAGAUCUGUGUCUCUGUUAAACCUGCCGGUGAGUCUGCGUCCUCAUAAGGUGAAAGGCCUUCUGGGACAGGGCAUGUCCAGCGCCAGCCCAUUCAUCUACUCUCCAAUCACAAUGCACAGUCGAGGAGACGAGCGCUCGAAGAAAAUCGAUUUCCAGUGGGUGCAGGGCGACGUGUGUGAGGUGCAGUUGAUGGUCUAUAAUCCGAUGCCAUUUGAGCUGCGGGUCGAGAACAUGGGUCUGUUGACAUCAGGUGUAGAUUUUGAGUCUCUUCCUGCUGCUCUGUCUCUGCCAGCGGAGUCUGGCCUCUAUCCUGUUACUCUGGUUGGAGUUCCUCGCACCGCAGGCAACAUCACAAUCAACGGGUAUCACACGUCGGUGUUUGGGGUGAGCAGCGACUGUCUUCUGGAGGGUCUGGUGGGGGUGAAGAGCAGCGGAUGUAUGGUGGAGGUGGUGCCGUCGCUCCCACGACUGCAGCUCUGCACGUCCUUACCCAGGUCGGCUCAUCUGUCCAGUGAAGACCUGUCCACCAGCGUGUCCCUGCGGCUGUUUAACGGAGAGAUGCAGCAGCUGACUAUCACCCUGGAGAAUAUCGGCACGGAGACGCUAAAUACACUGGAGCUGACAUCUAAAAACCUCAGCACUAAAGAGAAGCUGUUUGGUGAGUUCUUGACCUGGGACCUGCAGGACGCUCUGUCCCACCUGCCUCUGAAAUCCGGUCAAUCUGUCUCCAUCCCUGUCAACAUAAGCGCCAAACUGGACUUCUCCGGUCAGGAGAACCUGUUACACGACCUGAACGACGAUGGUAUUAGUGUAACAGGUCUGCCCGUCUCCAGCCCACUGCGGCAGGUUCUAAAGCCACGCGCUGAAAAUAAACCAGUCGGCAGUGAUGCCAGCAAGAACGAAUUCAAUCACGUCAAGAUGCUGGAGGCUGUGUUGACCUUUAAAUACAGCGGAGGAGCCGGUCAGGUGGAGGGCUACUCCCGCGAGCUCAGUCUGGGGGUCAGAGUGGAUGUUGAACCUUCUGUUUUCUUCACACGAGUCAGCACUUUACCUGCCACCAGUACUCGUCAAUGUCAUCUACUGCUGGAUGUGUUCAACUCGACCGAACAUGAGCUCACGCUGUCUGCCAAGAACAACCAGGACCUGGUGCUGCACGCCAGCGAGUGUCAGAGGCACUCGUCCCUUCGGCGUCACGGGGAGGCCAGCGUGGAGGGCGUCCUCAACCAGCUCAUACUAGAACAUCUGCAGUUGGCUCCUCUACAGUGGGAUGUUGUGGUUAACGGAAAGCCGUGUGACUGUGACGUGAUCGCUGACUGCAGGGUCGGAGACGCUGUGCCGUUAGAGGUGAAACUGACCAACCGCAGCAAGAGCGCCGUCGGACCGUUCUCUCUGACCGUCGUCCCCUUCCAAGACUAUCAGAACGGAGUCCAAAACUACGACCUGCAGGAUGCCGUCUCUUUCAUUGGCUCCAACACCUUCUACAUCAGCACGGUGAAGCCUACAGAGAACUCUGUGUGUGUGGGAGCCCUGCUCUUCUUAUACACUGGUGAUUUCUAUCUGAACAUCAAGUUCCAAGAUGACAGCACGGCCCGCGACCUGCCGCCCGCCUGGUUCUGUCUGCCCAGCGUCCACGUCAAAGCCCAGGAGCCAGUCGAACUCUGACCUCUGACCUCUGACCUUUGACCUGACGGACUCGAUAGGCUUUUGUAAGGGACCUGGGGGAGUUCUGCUGUUUUUUAGAUGACUACUGAGCUGAUCUGGAUAUUUACUGAGUCUAGAGCGAGUGCAGUUCUAGUGCCUGAUGCAUUUCGAAUUUGAAGAUUCAAUUUAUGCCAAAUCCUCCACUUUACGCUCUGUUCUGAAGCCCUCAUUCUCCUCUUUAGAGACAGACUAAAGGAUGAAGAACAUUUUUCAGGUAACCACUAAGUGAAAACAUCUAAGGAGGUCUUACAAUUUCGUGACUGUGGAGAAAUGCAAAAUGUGCUGGACUGCACAACAACGUCAUGCUUCUACUGCACGAAACAUCUCCAGCUCAUAUUUCACACUCCGCGCCACCCCUCCACACACCAC